AUUUCAUUUUACAUGCAACGUGAUAUUUACUUUUUUCGUGUAUAACGAUGGAAUACUUGUGUCAUCAAGAUAACAUGUAUACAACUUUUGUUUAUCUUUUAUUUAUUUUCAGUAUCUUUUCAACAAAAGACAAUUAUUCUAUGGUGACAGCAAUGAUUUAUAAUAAUACUUCUACAACCAACGAUUCAAACAGGAGUCAAAAUAUUCGAAGUCUUCUUCAAAUUCAACAAAAUAUGCAGGAUAUUAACAAUUUUUCGAAAGAUGGUAGUGCAGUCUACAUAAAGAACAAACUUCAAGAAAACAAAAUAAAACACAAUACCGACGUAAAUGACUUGAACUAUAACAUUGUUAAUGAAGACUUGAAGUUAACUCCAGUUGAUAAAUCUCCAACAGACAACCCUCAUAUUGAGAUUUCAACAAAAUACAAAAGUAAAGAAAUUCAACCAUACAUAAAAUCUAAAAAUCGAAGCAGAUCUCUAGAUAUAUUACAAGUAACAGAAAGGCCUAUUUUACACACUUUUCAAACAGUCAAAAAUAAUGUAAGUAGCAAUAAACCCGACAUAGAAACACUACACUCCUCCCGGAGUGACAACGUUUCACAGAAUCAUACAUAUAAUACAUCAUCUGAACCAAGUCCUAAAACGAAUUCAAAGAGUGGUUCAAUAAGCAAUCAAUCAGAUACAACAGCACCAGCAUCAAGUUCAAGUGAUUCUCAAACUAAAUUGACAACUAUGAUACAAGAGACAUUGACAGCGUCUCCUAUGCCAAUGGCAGACUUUCAAUCAAACCAGUGGAUGGUCAUUCAAAAUAGCAAAAGACGUGCAAAUGAAUUUGAUACUAAUAUUAUGUUAAAUGAUUCUUCAACAAAUAGGAAAACGGCUGAUGAAUGGACAUCAUUACAAAAUGAGUCUAUUAAUAAUAUUAAUUAUAACGUUAAAAAGAAAUUUACACAUCAUUUCAUAAAACCAAAACAAAGGAAAGAAGAAGCUACAAAAUCAGCUUCUAAUCAUGUUGCAAUUGACGAAUUCAAUUACAUCACUACCAAAGCUUUUACAAAAUCACCCGUUACUUCUUUGGAAACUACAAACUAUAUUCCAAUUGUUCAAGAAACAAGUUCAAUAGUUCCAAAUCAACAACGAAACGAUAAGGAUAAAGACUUAGUAUACAAUAUACAAACGUCAUCAACAAAUGGGAAAAUGGCUGAUAAAUGGACGUCUAUAAAAAAUGAGUCUAUUAGUAAUGUUCGUUAUAACGUUAUAAACGAAUUUCCCGAUCUGUUCAUAAGGCCAAAACAUAGAAAGAAAGAAGCUUUAAAACCAAAAUAUAAUCAUGUUACAAUUGACACCGUUAAUAACAUCAAUAUUAAAGAGUUUACAAAGACUAAUUUACCCGUUACUUCUAAGGAAACUACAACUUAUAUUCCAACAGUUCAUGAAACGGUUGAUAAUUGGACGUCUAUAAGAAAUGAGUCUAAUAAAAAUUACGAAGAUAUAAACAAGUUUACCGAUCCGUUCAUAAAGCCAAAAAAUAGAGAAGAAGAAGCUACAAAAUCAACCUCUAAUCAUGUUGUAAUUGGCGACAUUAAUUUCAUCACCAAAGCUUUUAUAACGAUAAAACCACCCGUUUCUUCUUUGGAAACUAUAACCUAUAUUCCAAUAGUUCAGGAAACAAGUUCAAUAGUACCAAAUCAACAACGAAACGAUAAGGAUAAAGACUCGUUGUACAGUACACAAAACUCAGAUGGAGAUAAUUUGCAAUUCGUAAAAACAAAAAAGUCGAAACUGACAAAUCAUGAGGAAAAAGUAGUACCAAACAUCAAUGAAGGGCUUGAUAGUAUAAGCCAUGUAAUAAAGAAAGAAAGGUUGACAGGACGCAAAGUGACGAAUUCUUUAUUUUCACCAAAAAAGAGCAUGUACAGUGAUUCUCAAACACUGAAUAAAAACAAAAAUUUAUCAACGCAAAACAAAGGUUUGAAAUCCCCUUAUAUUGAACAAAAACAUUUAGAUGAUCAAUAUUAUGAGUUUGACGACGAAAGCGAUGGUGAAUACGAAUAUUACGAUGAUUCCUCAUCAGAUGACGAUAGUAUAAUUGAAGGUGUUCUAUUUUUAUCACAUCUCCAGAAAAAAGAACCAGCCAAACACAUUGCGUACCCAAAAUUGUUGCUUGCACAACAACAAAAAAUGGCAAGUAAAGGGUAUUCUCAUUUAGAAUCAACAAAUAAACAUUAUGGCAAUUAUGAUGAUGAUAUCACAUAUGAAUACUAUUCAGAAGAAUAUGACAAUGGGGAAAAUGAUUUUGAUAGCUUUGAUAGCUUUGAUAGCUUCGAUAGCUUCGAUAGCGUUGAUAGCUUUGAUAGCUUUGAAAGCUUUGAAAGUUACGAUGAUGAUGAUUUCAAUAAUAUACCGUCACUAAAAUCCCGAAAACAAUUGUUGAAUAAUGCCAUCAAAACGAAGCCUAAUUUGAUAUCUAGCAAAAUGUUGUAUAAUUUCCCAUCUAAGGAACUUUUGCCAGGUGGUGAUUUACAUACACAUGAUUCUUUGAAACAGGCACUAUAUAAAAAAUUACAACAUGCAAUGAAUGAACAGUUUGAAAAUAAUGUCGACAACAGCAACAAUAACGAACAAAAGAAAGAUAUAAAGCCAAUAAACCUUCAUGCAAACAGCCUUUAUAAGAAUUCUAAUAAGAUGUUUACAAAUAGUCAACAGCAAGUAGAAGGUCUUAAAGGGACCAAUAGUCGUCUCAAUAUUAAAGCAACCAAUAAUCUUUUCAAUAUUAAAGCGACCAAUAGUCCUUUAAAUAUUGACGAACAACAACUCCGACGUUACAAUGCUUUUCAACGAUAUUUAGAUUCAUUGAAGGGAAAGCGAACUAUUGAAAUACAGCGCUAUCUGGCUGCGAUUAAGGGCAAGCAUCAUAUUGCUUAUCAACAUUAUUUGGCUGCAAUGAAAAGACUCGAAGUAAACGCAAGAAAAUCAGAGUAUAAUGAGGACCAUAUGAGUAUUAAAACUAUCAAACCUCAAACCGGUUCUUCUAAAAAUGACGAUGUUGAGUAUUACUAUGAAUAUUACGACGACGAUGACGAAAAUACUAAUGAAAAUGAUCAUGAAUAUUAUUCCGACGAAGACGAAGGCGUUAAGGAACAAAACAAAGCGAUCACAAAGCAAAAUAAUAUACAGUCAAAUCCAGAAGUCCAAAAGCAGUCAGUCAAUUUUGUGACCAAAAAAAAUGAAUUCUAGAACACAAUGUUCACGUUAAGGUCUAAUAUAAGUAGAAUUUUCAAUUAAAACAAAUCUUAAUACCACGUAUUGUCAAAUGCACAUGAUUAUAGACUAGAAUGUUUCGAUUUCCAUAACAAUUUAUAUAUGCACUUGUUUUAUGAAAGAUGCCUCUGUGGUUUCCAAGUAUUUAACGAACUAUUUGUACUCAAUUAGACACAACCAAUAUAAAUAAGUGUAUAAAACAAUUGUCCUGAUAGAAUGUGGUUUUAAACUUUGAAAAUCCUGUCCGUACACUUUCUUAAAAUGUACUUCAUAUCUUUGUUUUUUAUCGCAUGAAAUGUUCUAUGAGGUCUUUUUUGGUCGAAGUAUGCUUCUUUAAAAUUUGUUUUCAUAUCAAAGAAGAAAUUGACGGUAUAAACAUGUAUGUAAAAUUAUAGUAAGAUAAAAAAACAAAUGCAAAUAGUACAAGAUUAACUGACUUUGUUUUAUUGUCAUUCCAAGAAAGGAAAAAUAUAUGAGUUAGAAAGAAGGAAAGAAAAAACAACGACAAAAAACAAAAAAACAACUCCACUGAUAAACAUGCUCAUGCCUUAAAAACUUACUGUUCGUCGUCGCUUGUUUGUCAACCAUUAUUAGGUAUGUAUCUCCAAAAUGAUGAGAUAAAUAUAUUUGUCCAUGCUUUCCAUUCAUUUUCGAUGCCAAAAAAAAUAGAAAAUUUUAAAAUUUCAAUGCGCAUCUGAAUAAAAUUUAACAACUCUGUGUCAUUGUAUCUGAUUUAUAAUAAAAUUAACACUGUAUAAAAUUGAUGCGCCCGAAUUGCUUUUCUUGAUUUACCUUCACCAGGAACGGCGAAAACCAAACAAAUGGAAAACGGGUAUUUAUUUAUAAAUACUAGAGGAGCUGGAUAAGCCAAAACCAUCAAAGCUCAACUUUGCUAAAGGGAGUUACCAUCUAAGAUUCUUAAGAAAUUAUAAAAAAAUAUAUACGGAUAAUUGUACUAGUCAUAUUAAUGGCAUAGGACUUUUUGGCACAUGAUUCCCACUAGCAGCGGUAUCCACCUGGUGCAAGAAAAUAAGAAACGGUGCGUCCAAAUCGCUUUUCUGGAAUUGUCUACACAAUGGUUCCCUCUUUGUCUAAUGAGAGUUGUUAUCACGAAAGCAUUAGUUUUGCUUAGUGUUUAACUUACCCAUCCAGAGCAUAUGUUAUUUAUGUAUUAGUAGUUAGCAUGGGAGUUUUCAUUUCAACAGCAGUUUAUAAUUAAAAUUGUAUGCGUGU